AUGAGACACCCACCCACAACCCGGACACACCCACAACCCGGAGACAUCCACAACCCGGACACACCCACAACCCAGACACACCCACAACCCAGACACACCCACAACCCGGAGACAUCCACAACCCGGAGACAUCAACAACCCAGACACACCCACAACCCGGAGACAUCCACAACCCAGACACACCCACAACCCGGAGACAUCCACAACCCGGAGACAUCAACAACCCAGACACACCCACAACCCGGAGACAUCCACAACCCAGACACACCCACAACCCGGAGACAUCCACAACCCGGAGACAUCAACAACCCAGACACACCCACAACCCGGAGACAUCCACAACCCAGACACACCCACAACCCGGAGACAUCCACAACCCGGAGACAUCCACAACCCAGACACACCCACAACCCGGAGACAUCCACAACCCGGAGACAUCAACAACCCAGACACACCCGCAACCCGGAGACAUCCACAACCCGGAGACAUCCACAACCCAGACAUACCCACAACCCGGAGACAUCCACAACCCAGACACACCCACAACCCGGAGACAUCCACAACCCGGAGACAUCCACAACCCAGACACACCCACAACCCGGAGACAUCCAAUACCCGGAGACAUCCACAACCCAGACACACCCACAACCCGGAGACAUCCACAACCCGGACACACCCACAACCCGGACACACCCACAACCCAGACACACCCACAACCCGGACACACCCACAACCCAGAGACACCCACAACCCGGGCACACCCACAACCCGGACACACCCACAAACCAGAGACACCCACAACCCGGAGACAUCCACAACCCGGACACACCCACAACCCGGACACACCCACAAUCCGGAGACAUCCACAACCCGGACACACCCACAACCCGGAGACAUCUACAACCCGGACACACCCACAAACCAGACACACCCACAAACCAGAGACACCCACAACCCGGGCACACCCACAACCCAGAGACAUCCACAACCCGGGCACACCCACAAACCAGAGACAUCCACAACCCGGGCACACCCACAAACCAGAGACACCCACAACCCGGGUACACCCACAAACCAGAGACAUCCACAACCCAGGCACACCCACAAACCAGAGACAUCCACAACCCGGGCACACCCACAAACCAGAGACACCCACAAUCCCUGACACACCCACAAUCCCUGACACACCCACAAUCCCGAGACACCCACAACCCAGUGACACCGACAUUCCUGAUGCACCCACAACCCAAAGACACCCACAAUCCUGAGACACCCACAACCCAAAGACACCCACAACCCAGUGACACCGACAUUCCUGAUACACUCACAACCCAGAGACACCCACAAUCCCCAGACACCCACAACCCAGAAACACCCACAACCCCAACACACCCAAAACCUGAGACACCCACAACCCCAACACAACCACAACCCAUAGACAGCUCCAAGCUCCAGUGGCUGUGA